AUGGAGUAUGUUCACGGGAAAAACGCUGAUAAAGUGGAGAAGCUGUGUUCGGCUGGGUUGGACCCGAACUUUCAUAAUGCCAACGGGGACAGUCCACUGACGUAUGCUGUCGAUGUGACGGAUAAUCGCGCUGUGAUUGUGGCUCUGAUUGGUGGAGGGGCGCAUAUUGAUUUCAGGAAUGCCGAGGGACAGACAGCGAUGCACAAGGCAGCGUUCUUGUCAUCGUUAGAAAACGUGAAAACAUUGCUCGAGCUUGGUGCAUCACCCAACUACCGUGAUCCAAUGAAACUAACCCCGCUCUACUAUAACAUGUUAACGGUGGACUCGAAACCGGACGUUACGGAGAUGUUGUUGAAGGACGCAGCUGAGGUUUCUGUGCAGGACAUGCAUGGAAAUCAUGAAAUUCAUCAGGCUUGUAAGAACGGUUUAAUGCAUCACGUCGAGCAUUUACUCUACUAUGGAGCUGAUAUUAACGCACAAAACGUCAACGGGAACACUCCACUUCACGUGUGUGCCGUUAAUAAUAGACCUCAAUGUGCACGUGUAUUAUUGUUCCGAGGUGCAGAUCCGGGCAUUCCAAACAAACAAGGACAAACUGCGCUUCAUGUGGCACAUAUUGUUGGCAGUGUAGAUGUGGCUGAGUGCAUACGCAACUUUAAUCCGGCUGAUGCGGGUACAGAGCAUUGA